UUUUAUUAUUUUCUCAUUUUUGACACAGUAAAAUUCAGCUUUAAAUUUCGCUGUGUAGCCAUGAACAGUACGAAGAAUAAAGAAUGUUGUGAUGAAAGAAAAAUUUCAAGUGAAGCAAAAGGCAAGAGCGAUAAAAUACCACGAAUAUUUCCAACAGUUCCUGUUAUACCAAAAUAUCAACGUCCUCAAUCUACAUUUGCAAGCUUUCUAAUGCCCAUUGAAUGUCAAUCAAGCGAGGAAGAUGAGAAGCUUUUACAUUUAUCCAUGGAACUGAAAAAAAAUCGCUCAAAUGCGAAUGCCAUUCAUGAUAUAAUCGCAAAUUUGAAAAGCUCUCUAUUGGAAUUAAAUCGAAAUUUAGAAAAAAAUAAAAAAUGAAAGGAAAUUCUUUAGGUGCUGUAUAUGGAUGUGCAGGAUGAUUUAGACAGAUUCCUCACCUGGAUGUCUUUUGAUGAUUUAUGUAAAUUCUUAAUAAAGUUGUCAAUUUUUUUGUGUAGUUCAUGAGUUUUUUGAGUGAAUAGAGAUGCUUAUUGGAUGUGAGACAACAUUUUGAUGGUUAAACUGACAAUCUUAAUCAUUAUCGUAGCUAUG